GAUGAACAGUUCUCACCAUGAGAAUAGGAAUAGGGGGUACAGGGAGUUUGGACAGACAAUGGGGACACAAGAUUUGAAGCCAAAGUGUUUCGUCAUCAAAGAAAGAUAGAGAAGAAAAGAAAAAUACCUAAUCGAAGUAACUCUACUCAAAUUGCUUAGCCUUUCUCACACUUACAAUUCCAAAGAAAGGAAAAAAAUAUAUUGACAAUCAAUGAUGGAGGAUAUUAGCAACUACACCAAGGUUUAUGUUACAGGAGGCUCUACUAUUACUGAAAGGCUAUUACUGAAAGGCUAUACUGUCCAUGCCACACUAAGGAACUUAGAUGAAAAAUCCGAAGUGGACCUUCUACGGUCCCUUCCUAAUGCAGACACCAGAUUAGUGCUAUUCCAAGCUGAUAUGUACAAUCCCACUGAAUUUGAACCAGCAAUUAGAGGCUGCCAAUUUGUUUUCCAUGUGGCUACCCCCAAGCAACACAAUUCCCAGAGCUCCCAGGUCUAA